AGUACAAUACAUAUUUGAAUUUAAGAGAGAGAGAAGAAGAAGAUUGUAGAGACAAGUUUUGGGACAUUUUCUGCUUAUUACUCUCCUCUUUCAACAUACAGCAAACUAUUUUGUCAAAGUCGAACAUAUGAUCAAAUUCCGGUCGGCGCAGAGUUUCUGUAUCCAGUGCCACAGACACUGUUCGAGCACCGCCGCGCCAACCUCUUCUCAAAUCGCUUAUUAUGUCCGCCUCGGACAAAUUGAAACUGCACGAAAACUGUUCGACCAAACUCCCGAUAAAACUACUUCCUCAUGGAACUCUAUAAUAUCCGGAUACUUUCACAACAGCCAGCCCAAUGAAGCACAACGCUUGUUCGACGAAAUGCCACACAGAAAUACUGUUUCUUGGAACGGAUUAAUUUCUGGAUAUGUAAAGAAUGGGAUGAUAAAGAAAGCUAGACAAGUGUUCGACUUAAUGCCUGAAAGGAAUGUCAUAUCCUGGACUUCCAUGGUUAGAGGUUACGUGGAGGAGCGGAUGAUUUCUGAGGCAGAAGCAUUGUUUCGUCGUAUGCCAGAGAAGAAUGUUAUUUCAUGGACAGUUAUGUUAGGUGGACUUAUCCAUGAAGGUAGAAUUGAUGAUGCAACAAGACUUUAUGAUUUGAUGCCAGUAAAGGAUGUUGUCACUAGAACUAGUAUGAUCGGUGGCCUAUGCUCCAAUGGUCGUUUGGAAGAAGCACGAGAGAUUUUCGAUAGCAUGCCGCAGAGGAAUGCAGUUUCUUGGACGACAAUGAUCUCGGGUUAUGCACAGAAUGGGAAGGUGGAUGUCGCUAGGAAACUGUUUGAAGUAAUGCCCGAAAGAAACGAAGUUACUUGGACGGCUAUGCUUAUGGGUUACACUCGAUGUGGGAGAACAGAGGAUGCGUGGGAUCUUUUCAAGGCUAUGCCAGACAAACCAGUUACUGUUUGCAAUACAAUGAUCAUGGGGUUAGGCGAAAAUGGAGAGGUCUCCAAAGCGAGGAAAGUUUUCGACUUGAUGGGAGAAAGAGAUGAUUCAACAUGGAGUUCCAUGAUUAAGGUUUACGAACGAAAAGGUCGUGAAUUGGAGGCAGUUAGUCUGUUCCGUUCGAUGCAGAGCGAGGGGGUAAAGCCACACUUCCCUUCAUUAAUCAGCGUUCUUUCGGUUUGUGCCAGUCUUUCCACUCUGGAUCACGGUAGACAGACACAUGCUCACUUGAUAAGGUCAAAGUUGGACGAUGACGUAUAUGUGUCCUCUGUUUUGAUUACCAUGUACAUGAAAUGUGGUGAUGUUGUCAAGGCCAAAAUACUUUUCGACAGAUUUUCUUGCAAGGAUAUAGUCAUGUGGAACUCUAUGAUUACAGGCUACGCCCAACACGGUUUGGGAGAUGAAGCUCUACAAGUGUUCAGAGACAUGUCUUCGUCAGGCAUACAAGCAGAUGAUGUGACAUUCAUUGGUGUUCUGUCUGCUUGCAGUUACAGCGGAAAGGUAAAAGAAGGGAAGGAAGUAUUUGAUUCGAUGAAGUCGAAAUAUAAGAUAGAGCCAAUAACUGGACAUUAUGCGUGCAUGGUGGAUCUGCUUGGCCGAGCUGGACAACUGGACGAGGCUAUGAAGUUAAUUAACGAGAUGCCUGUAGAGGCGGAUGCAAUUGUUUGGGGGUCUUUAAUGGGGGCGUGUAGGAACCACACGAACAGUGACAUGGCAGAAAUAGUUGCUAAGAAACUUGUUGAACUGGAGCCCAAGAACGCUGGUCCGUAUGUGCUAUUAUCGAAUAUAUACGCAUCGAAAGGUAGAUGGGGGGAUGUAGAUAAGGUGAGGAAAAAGAUGAGGCAUAAAAAGGUGAGCAAGUCACCUGGUUGUAGCUGGAUUGAGGUGGAGAAGGAAGUGCAUAUGUUCACAGGUGGAGAGAGGACACCGCAUCGGGAACAUAAAGAGAUAGUGAAAAAGUGGGAGAAGCUAAGUGGGAUGUUGAGAGAAGCUGGAUAUAACCCUGACGGUGCGUUUGUACUACAUGAUGUGGAUGAGGAAGAGAAGGUGCAGAGUUUGAGACUACACAGUGAGAAGUUGGCUGUGGCUUAUGGACUAAUGAAGUUGGGUGAAGGGGUGGCUAUUCGAGUAAUGAAAAACUUGAGGGUUUGUGGGGAUUGCCAUACUGCGGUUAAGUUGAUUGCGAAUGUGACUCGCCGUGAAAUUAUACUUAGGGAUGCAAAUAGAUUUCAUCAUUUUAAGGAUGGCUUGUGUUCUUGCAGAGAUUAUUGGUGACUCACUUUAUUUAUUCAAUUAAUGUUGCUCUCUAUCUCAUUAAUUCAUUUUUUUUUU